CCAAUUGUUUUCGAAUUGAGAAAAGCGAUGACGAUUUUCCUCUGGUCCAACAGUUAUGGGGUCCAACUUCGCCGGCCGUCGCCACAUCACCGCUUCCCCCCAAGCUGCAGCAAUCGCACAGCUUCAUCGGAUUUUUCUUCUCCGGAAAACUCCUUCACGGGAGAGACAGAGAUUUGAAAGAGCUGGCUUAAGCAGUUCCUCGCACUUCCACCCAUGUCUUUGCAUUCAUUUUCGCUUUCUCUCUCGUUGUCGUCACUCUCAUCAGCUCUUUCAAAGUCGGCGAUAACCUCGCACGAGGCUUCAUUGAGGAGGAAGCAUUUGGAUCAAUUAUACGUCCAGUUAAUUGUGUCUGGACUACACAAGUGUGGUUUCUUGAUAAUCAAAUUUGUCAAUUCAUGUUUGCAUUUUGGAGAUGUUAACUAUGCACACAAGGCUUUUCGUGAAGUCGUAGAACCAGAUAUUUUGUUGUGGAAUGCCAUCAUAAAGGGUUACACUCAGAAGAAUAUUGCUGGAGGUGCUAUCAGAAUGUAUAUGGAUAUGCAAAUGUCACCGGUGUACCCGAAUUGCUUCACAUUUUUGUAUGUGCUUAAAGCAUGUGAUGGAAUGUCAGUCGAAGGAAUAGGUAAACAGAUGCAUGGUCAGACAUUUAAAUAUGGCUUUGGAUCAAAUGUUUUUGUGCAGAAUAGUCUUGUGUCAAUGUAUGCUAAAUUUGGUCAAACCUCAUCUGCUAGGAUCGUGUUUGAUAAGUUGCAUGAUAGAACUGUUGUUUCGUGGACUUCCAUCAUUUCGGGGUAUGUUCAGAAUGGUGAUCCCGUGGAAGCAUUGAAAAUUUUCAAAGAAAUGAGACAAUGUAAUGUAAAGCUUGAUUGGAUUGUCCUUGUUAGUGUCAUGACAGCUUAUACGGACGUGGAAGAUUUGGGACAAGGAAAGUCCAUUCAUGGUUUAGUGACUAAAUUGGGUCUAGAAUUUGAACCCGACAUAGUGAUAUCACUGACUACUAUGUAUGCAAAACAUGGACUGGUGGAAAUUGCCAGAUUUUUCUUUAAUCAGAUGGAAAAACCGAAUUUAAUUUUAUGGAAUGCUAUGAUUUCUGGCUAUGCAAAAAAUGGAUAUGGUGAAGAAGCAAUCAAGCUAUUCCACGAGAUGAUUUCCAAGAAUAUCAGGGUUGAUUCUGUUACUGUGAGGUCUGCUAUUCUAGCUGGUGCCCAAGUCGGGUCUCUUAAACUAGCAAGAUGGUUGGAUGAUUAUAUCUCUGAGAGUGAGUACAGAGACGAUACUUUUGUAAACACGUCCCUUGUAGAUAUGUAUGCAAAAUGUGGAAGCAUAUAUUUUGCUCGUUGUGUUUUUGAUAGAAUGGUCGUUAAAGACGUUGUCUUAUGGAGUGCAAUGAUUAUGGGGUAUGGAUUACAUGGUCAUGGACAAGAAGCCAUCAACCAUUACAAUGAAAUGAAGCAAGCUGGAGUUUGUCCAAACGACGUUACUUUUGUUGGUCUCCUCACAGCUUGCAAAAAUUCAGGUCUUGUAAAAGAGGGAUGGGAGCUUUUCCACCAGAUGCAAGACUACGGGAUUGAACCACAUCACCAGCAUUACUCUUGCGUGGUCGAUCUUCUAGGACGUGCAGGCUAUUUGAAUCAAGCUUACGAUUUCAUCAUGAGCAUGCCAGUUAAACCUGGAGUUAGUGUUUGGGGGGCUCUUCUGAGUGCUUGCAAGAUCCAUCGCGAAGUAAGGUUGGGAGAAAUUGCUGCAGAACAACUUUUCAUAUUAGAUCCAUAUAAUGCAGGGUAUCAUGUGCAACUCUCAAACCUCUAUGCUUCUGCACAUUUAUGGACUCAUGUGGCGAAUGUUCGAUUAAUGAUGACACAGAAAGGAUUGAACAAGGACCUUGGUCAUAGUUCUAUCAAGAUCAACGGAAAUCUCGAAACGUUUCAUGUUGGGGAUAGAUCACAUCCCAGAUCAAAGGAAAUUUUUGAAGAGCUUGAUAGAUUAGAGAAAAGAUUAAAAGCAGCUGGUUAUGUUCCUCAUAUGGAAUCUGUUCUACAUGACUUGAAUCAUGAGGAGAUUGAGGAAACUCUUUGUAAUCACAGUGAGAGGCUAGCAGUUGCUUAUGGUAUAAUCAGUACUGCUCCUGGAACUACACUUAGAAUUACCAAGAAUCUCCGGGCAUGCGUUAAUUGUCAUUCGGCAAUAAAGCUUAUAUCGAAGCUUGUCGAUAGGGAAAUAAUUAUUCGAGAUGCGAAACGUUUUCACCAUUUCAAAGAUGGAGUUUGUUCAUGUGGAGAUUUUUGGUGAAGCCUGGUGUUGGUAUUUAUAUUUUCUUCAACUUUACACGUACUGAAUUUACUGAUUUCCAUAUUGGCCUAUGGCUCUCUGCUAACCUGCCUUGAGUUUAAUGUGAAAGGAAGGAAAAUCCAAAUUUUCUGUAAAAUGGUAUUAAUUUACAAGCUAA